CGCAAGAUCCCACAAUGGCGUCUGCCUAUCCUUCGAUUGUUAAGGACGGUGCUCCUUCAACUUCAAAAACCGCGACCUGUAAACCAGAUCUAGAUUUCUCUCAACCUUGGACGAUAAGUGACUUGGUGCUUGUAGUCGAAGGAAAGCGCUUUCACGUUCACCGUUGUAUUUUAUCGAUGUGUUCACCUGUUUUUGACAGAAUGCUUACGUCCGACUUUAAAGAGAAAAACGCCGCAGAAAUUCCUCUUCCUGGUAAAAAGGCAGACGAAAUAGAAGAACUUCUACGGGCUAUCUACCCUUAUGUUGAACACCGUAUCAAUGAAGAAAAUUGCUUUUCUUUAUUGGAGCUAUCUUGUGAAUACCAAAUGGACAGAUUGAAAAAACGAUGUGAGCAGUUUUUCUUAAUCAAGAAUAUGUCAAGCGAAGAAGCUUUAGAGUUUGUGGUUAUGGCUCAAAGACACCAGCUAAGCGAUGAACUGAUUCACCGCUGUAUGUCCAAGUUUGUUUCACAGGAGACAAACUGGGAAACUCUGAAGAAAAAUGAGUUGUUUUCGCAGUUAGAGCAAAGAUAUUCCCAGCAACUCGUAGAAGAGAGAGUCAAAUAUCUGGAGAAGCGUCUGGCAUCUUGCAAGUCAACUAUUGAAAUUCUCAAAAUGAAGAAGAAUGAUAAAGAUGAUGAUGAUCCUGGUUCCCUUUCUUUACGAAGGCAUUUUCUCCUGAGAAAGAGGUUCCGGGAUCUUGAUCGCCCUACACCUUUUGACUAAUAAUUAUGCGUAAUUACAUAAUGUAAUUUUGUGGACAACGGGCUAUUUCAUCAGCGCCCUCAGCAUUGUUUUCUUUCUUGUUCAAAGUGACAGUCCUUAUAUGUGUUUUCAGGGACUUUUUCUGCUUGGGAUGUUGCUACUUUUUGGGAGUCCUUCCACUAUGAAUACUUGAAAAAGUGAAAAAGUUAGCCUGUUUCGAGUAAAGCCUUAAUCUCAGUGUGGCUAACCUUUUCCUGUAAGAUAGUCAACAAGAUACCACAAAAAAAAAAACAGUAUUUGUUUUGUAUAAUUAGCAUUCUAAGCCACAGCAAGACCCUUUACCAACUCCUAUACUCCCAGAGAUGCCAAC